GGCCCCCUCCCCCUCUCUGUUUGGCCUCCUGGUGCUUGGGGACACCCCGUGGCCGUUUGUGGGGAAGGGGACAGGAGGGGCUUUUUGCCCGGUGUUUGCAGGUAGGGUGCUGGGGCAGGGAGUAGGAAGGAGGGUUGGGUUGGCUGUGCUUUGGGGACGCCGCAUCCCUUCUCCCCAUUGCUGCAGCUCCGGCUCCGCGUCACUCCCCAACACCUCUCCAGGGGUCUCCCUGGCACUGAAUGUCUCCCAGCUCAGUGGGGUGACACCAAUCACCGUCCCCAGUGGCUGCACCCACCCCAUCUGUGCCACCGUCACUCCAUGUGUGACACACUCAUUGUCACCCCAUGGUCUCCCCAUGUCUGCCACCAUCACCUCAUGUGUGCCACUAUCAACCCCAUGUGUGCCAUGGUCAUCGUCACCCUAUGUGUCCCAUGAUCACCCCAUGUUUGCCACCAUCACCCCAUGUGUGCUACGGUCAUUGUCACCGCAUGUGUGCCACAGUCACUCCUUGUGUGCCACCAUCACCUCAUGUGUGCCACAGUCAUUGUCACCCCAUGUGUGCCACUGUCACCCCGUAUGUGCCACAGUCAUUGUUACCCCAUGUGUGCCACAGUCACUCCUUGUGUGCCACCAUCAUCCCAUGUGUGCCACGGUCAUUGUCACCCCAUGUGUGCCAUCAGUGCACCGAGGGGACGGACCCCUCCCCAUGGGGGUCCUGAGGAUAAUUGAGCCCCUGGCGCGGUGCCUCUCCUUCAGAGCCUGCGGAUGGGCGAGGACUUUCUCCGGAGCCGUAAAACCCAAAAUAGCUCCUUGUUGUUUUUUCCCCGGGAUCCCAAACAAAGCGCAAUGCUCACUGCUGGCCUUGGCCGCUCGCCCGCGGCUGCCGGAUUUCUGGAGCCCGCCAGGAUCCCUCCUGUCCCGUAAGCAGGAAGAUGGAAACAGGAGACUCCUUCAGAAGCGCUUUGGAGACGGCGGCUGCGGGGCUGCAGCCACUGGGGGGCUGGGAAGGGUUGUGGGGGGGGGGGAUAUCCUGAAUAUCCUGAAGGCCGGACCUGGGAACCGCGGGGUGCUGCGUGGGAAGGGGUUUUGGGGGGCUGGUGGGGAGAAACCUCAGCGAGCAGCUGUCCUUGGGCAGGGAAGGGCUCCUCGGUCUCCUUCGCCGUCCUUGCUCGGAGCAGCACCGUGGCGCAUCUUGGCUCUCUGCCCCAAGGACGGUGCGGGGUUACGGGGUGACGGCGGAGGCGGCUCUGCCUGGGGACGGGCGCAGCGGGUGGCAUCGCCCUGCGGGUCCCGCAGCUCCGGCCUCAGCCCGGCUUCGGCUUUGCAAACAUUUGCUCGACGAAUGCCGGUGCGUUUCCUGCUCGGCGGGGCGUCACGCGGCACGGGGAAAGUUUGCAGAGUGAGUAAAGAGGCGGCGGCCCCGCGGCGGUGACUGCGGGAGGCUGCGGAUGUGGCCGGAGAGCGCUGCGCUCCUGAGCCCUUUUACUUCUGCCCCUUCCUGAGCCUCUCCUAAAGGGCUGCCGUGAGCCCAGGGAGGAGGAGGACGAGGAGGAGGAUGAGGAGGAGGAAGGCUUUGGGGUGCAGGAAGGGCUGCAGGGGAUGGAGCAGCCUGAGCCAUGCAGAGCACCCAGCGGUGGGCGCCCACCUCCGGCACCUGUCUGCACCCGGCGGUGCCAGCAGGUUUGGGGUCCCUUCAGCUCCCUGCAAAGCGGUUUUAUUUUGCAUCAAAUUCAUUUGUAGAGGGGGAUUCUGCAGCUCCUCCGCCUCAGAUUCCUGCGCUGAGACUUUCAGCUGCUCUGUGCCUCUCAAUGGGAUUGCUCAAACCAUCCUUACCAGCUCGGACCCCGCUUUUGGAUGCUGAAUCCUCCCUGGACUAUGGACACAGCCUUACCCAGGCAUCCUCGGAGAAGAUCUGGAGAGCUGGAAAGCUCCUCUUCACCUACCUCACCAGCACCAGCCCCAGCCUCAUCCGGGACCACAAGCAUCACCUGCGGCACCACAGGAGGUGCUGCUCCGGGAAGGAGCUGGUGGACUGGAUGCUGAAUGCAGAGCUGGGCAUCCAGACGCGAAGCCAAGCCAUCGGCGUGGGGCAGGUGCUGGUGGACGGCGGGGUCCUGACGCACGUGAAACAGGAGUGGCAUUUCCAGGACAAGGACACCCAGUUCUAUCGCUUUGCUGAGUUGGAGCUGAGCCCUGAGCCCCGCGUGGGGCUGCGGGAUGCGGAGGAGCUGCUGGAGGCGGUGACCUUCCUGGCACAGCUGGGGCCCGAUGCGCUGCUCACCAUGGCCCUGCGCAAACCGCCUGCUCAGCGCACAGAGGACGAGCUGGAGCUCAUCUUUGAGGAGCUGCUCCACAUUAAAGCCGUGGCUCACCUCUCCAACUCGGUGAAACGGGAGCUGGCAUCUGUGCUGAUGUUCGAGUCGCACCAGCGAGCCGGCACCGUGUUGUUCAGCCAAGGGGAUAAAGGCACCUCGUGGUACAUCGUCUGGAAGGGUUCGGUGAAUGUGGUCACCCACGGCAAGGGCUUGGUGGCCACAUUGCAUGAAGGGGACGACUUUGGGCAGCUGGCACUGGUGAACGAUGCUCCCCGAGCAGCCAGCAUCAUCCUGAGGGAGGACAACUGCCACUUCCUGCGGGUGGACAAGCAGGACUUCAACCGCAUCCUCAAGGACGUGGAAGCCAACACCAUGCGCCUGAAGGAGCACGGGAAGGUGGUGCUGGUGCUGCAGAAGAACCUGCAGGGAGGCAGCAGCCAGCCGGCCGCCACGCGGAGCAGCAGGUACCUGGUGAUGGCCGGGACGCCAGAGAAGAUCCUGGAGCACCUGCUGGAGUUCAUGAGGCUCGAUGCCACGCUCUACGACCCCGUGGACACACUCCUAGGGGAUUUCCUGCUGACCUACACUGUGUUCAUGCCGACCUCGCAGCUCUGCAGGGCUCUGCUGCAUCAUUUCCGUGCGGAGCCGCUGGAUGGCUCAGAGCAGGAGAAAGCCACCUACUGCCUGCACAAGCGCCGCAAGAUCCUGCGCCUGGUGAGCCAGUGGGUGCUGCUCUAUGGGAGGCUGCUGCAGGGCGACCGCAGCACCACGGCUCUGCUGCAGAGCCUCGCCGACCUGGCGAGCCAGGACCCUCGGCUGGGGGCCAUGGUGCAGGAGCAGGAGCGGCGGCGGCCCCGAGCGAUGGAGAACGGGGACGGCAGCAUUUCUCCCCAGCCCAAGUCUCGGAGCUCCAUGAGCUGGCUCUCCAGCCAAGACGAGGCGGCUUUGAGCAGCAGCUGUGCCUUAAGAGCCCACGAUAAAGUGCCCUACGAGGUCUACAGAGCCGACCAUUCGUGCCUGGUGACGGUGCUGCCCGUCAACGCGUCGGUGAGGGAUGUGCUGCAGUCCCUCACCCCACAGCUGGGCUGGGAUGGAGAGCACCUCCUGGUGAAGGUGAAUUCAGCCGGAGAUAAAGUGGGGCUGCAGCUGGACGCCGUGGGGGUGUUCACCUCGCUGGGCCUCAACGAGCGGCUCUUUGCUGUCAGCAUGGAGGAGCUGGGAGGUUUGACCCCCCACCCUGAGCAGCUGGGCCCCCACGUUGGCUCCUCGGACACGUUGGAUCUCAUCAGCUCCAAGGACCUGGCCAGCCACCUCACCGACCACGACUGGAACCUCUUCAAGAGCAUCCACCAGGUGGAGAUGAUCCACUACAUCAUGGGGCCACAGAAGUUCCACGAGGUGACGACGGCCAACCUGGAGCGAAUGAUGCGGCGUUUCAAUGAGCUGCAGUACUGGGUGGCCACCGAGCUGUGCCUCUGCCCCGAGCUGGGCAGGAGAGCCCAACUGCUGCGCAAGUUCAUCAAGCUGGCUGCACACCUCAAGGAGCAGAAGAAUCUGAAUUCCUUCUUCGCGGUGAUGUUUGGUGUGAGCAACACAGCCGUGAGCCGCCUUGCCAAGACCUGGGAGAGGCUGCCCCACAAGAUCCGUAAGCUGCACGCGGCGCUGGAGCGGAUGCUGGACCCAUCAUGGAACCACCGGGUUUAUCGUCUGGCCGUCGCCAAGCUGAGCCCCCCCAUCAUCCCCUUCGUCCCCCUCCUCCUUAAAGACAUGACCUUCAUCCACGAAGGCAACCGCACGCUGGCUGAGAACCUCAUCAACUUUGAGAAGAUGCACAUGAUGGCGAAGACGGUGCGCAUCCUGCAGCGCUGCCGGGGCCAGGCACACGCUCCGCUGUCCCCGCUGCGGAAUCGCUCCCCACACCGACCAGAGGAUGCCAGGGCCAUCAGGAUCAGCACAUGCUCGGAGCAGUCGCUGAGCGUGCGGAGCCCCGUCUCCACCUGGGCAUAUCUGCAGCACCUGAGAGCCAUCGACAGCCAGAAGGAGCUGCUGCGGCUCUCCCGUGAUCUGGAGUCCUGAUGGGCAGCAGGGAAAGGGAGCGAGGACGCAGCGGGGCCGUGGCACUGCGUGUGCUGAUGGCACAGCAGCCCCGUGGCUCUGCUAUGGGAGCCGGACUCGGCCGUGCAGUCGGGAGCCCACGGGGGCUGUGGGAAGGUGAGGCCACAGACAGCAGGGUCUGCAGCCCCCACGCAGUGAGCAAUAGAGGUAUUUUUGUAUGCGA